AUGGGCGAAGCGGAGAAGUUCUACUACGUGCAUAGCUGCGAUCUGGACCUGAACGUCCAACUUAAGAUCGGCAGCUUGGAGGGGAAAAGAGAGCAGAAGAGCUACAAAGCGGUUUUGGAAAACCCCAUGCUGAGGUUCUCCGGCUUGUACCAAGAAACGUGUUCGGACCUCUAUGUCACCUGCCAGGUGUUUGCAGAAGGGAAACCACUCGCUCUUCCUGUCCGGACGUCCUACAAAGCGUUCAGCACCAGGUGGAACUGGAACGAAUGGUUAAAACUGCCGGUCAAAUAUCCCGAUUUGCCCCGAAAUGCCCAGGUGGCCUUCACCAUAUGGGACAUCUACGGACCUGGGAAAGCCGUCCCUGUUGGUGGCACAACGGUCUCCCUCUUUGGGAAAUAUGGGNAAGGAGUUGAGAUGUUCCGUCAAGGAAUGCACGAUCUCAAAGUAUGGCCCAACGUGGAGGCAGAUGGUUCUGAGCCAACCAAAACUCCUGGGAAAACAAGCAGUACAUUUUCAGAAGACAAGAUGAGUCGGUUAGCCAAGCUCACCAAAUCUCACCGGCAGGGCCACAUGGUUAAAGUCGAUUGGCUGGAUAGGUUGACCUUCCGAGAAAUUGAAAUGAUCAACGAGAGCGAGAAGCGGAGUUCUAAUUUUAUGUACUUGAUGAUUGAGUUCCGUUGUGUCAAAUGCGAUGACAAAGAAUACGCCAUCGUGUAUUACGAGAAGGAUGGUGAUGAAGCAUCUCCAAUUUAUACAAGCUCCGAGAUUGUUAAGGUUCCUGAUCCGCAGAUGUCCAUGGAGAACUUGGUGGAAAGCAAGCAUCACAAGCUUGCCAGGAGCUUAAGAAGCGGUCCUUCGGAUCAUGACCUUAAACCCAAUGCUGCUACACGGGAUCAGCUUAACAUCAUUGUGAGUUACCCACCUACAAAGCAACUAACAUACGAAGAACAGGACUUGGUGUGGAAGUUUCGGUACUACCUUACCCAUCAGGAAAAGGCGUUGACCAAAUUCUUGAAGUGCGUCAACUGGCACCUUCCUCAAGAAGCAAAGCAAGCUCUGGAACUCCUGGGCAAAUGGAAGCCGAUGGACGUCGAAGACUCCUUAGAGCUUCUGUCUUCGCAGUUCACCAACCCAACGGUGCGGCGUUACGCUGUGGCCAGAUUGCAGCAGGCCGAUGACGAGGAUCUGCUGAUGUAUUUGCUGCAGCUUGUCCAAGCUCUGAAAUAUGAAAAUUUUGAUGACAUCAAGAGUGGACUGGAGCCCACCAAGAAAGAAACUCAAGGAACCGUUUCGGAAAGUAUGGCGGCCUCUGGAGUCGCUGCAGCUGAAAUAGAGAGCUCACAGAUCAUCACAAGUCCUCUGCCUCUCAUUUCUUCCCCGUUGCCGGCAGCCAGAGCGAAGGAAUCGGCCGAGAAUGAAAAUCUCGAGCAAGACCUUUGCACAUUCUUAAUAUCACGAGCGUGCAAGAACUCCACACUGGCAAACUAUCUGUACUGGUACGUGAUUGUUGAGUGCGAAGACCGAGACACGCAACAGAGGGAUCCCAAAACUCACGAAAUGUACCUGAACGUCAUGCGUAGGUUUAGUCAAGCCCUCUUAAAGGGUGACAAAUCCGUCCGGGUGAUGCGUUCCUUGUUGGCUGCCCAACAGACCUUUGUUGAUCGGCUGGUCCAUCUCAUGAAAGCCGUGCAGCGUGAAAGUGGGAAUCGGAAAAAAAAG